CAGCCCUUCUCACCACUCCUCUGAAAUCCGGAUUGUUAACUUCAGUUGUGUCCUGAGACGAGGAAGCUAAUAGAGGUUUUGGGUUGUGUUCUUAGCUAGAUGGCUGUGAGGUUUGUGUUGAUUUGUUUUUUACUCAGUAUUUUUCUUGAUGUCGUUUGCUUUUCCAGGUGGGAAGAAGUUCGGAGAACAUGGCCACGAUGGGUGGGGACCAAAGGCAGAUGAUGGAGGAUGCGGCGGAGGACAAGUUCCCGGAGGGGUUACGCAUCCUCGUCGUCGACGACGACCGCGUCUGCCUCACGGUACUAGAAGCCCUCUUGCGCCGUUGCAAGUACCAACUGCUAUCCGUCGAUUGCGACAAGAAGGUUGUGAUGAAGGGGAUAGAACAUGGCGCAUCCGACUUUAUGGUGAAGCCAGUUCGUACCCAUGAGCUAAAAAACAUAUGGCAACAUGUUCAAAGGUGGAGAAAUCCCAAAGCAAUAAGCCACAUCAGCGAUCAUGACAGUGAUGUCCAGAGAGUUCAACCAGCGACUGCUGACAAGAGUAAGUUAUCGGGGAAUAAGAGAAAUGUUGUAGAUGAUUCUAACAAGCACAAUGAAAGCACAUGUGUAUCCGCCACCCACAGAAAGCCCAGGGUGACAUGGACAAUUCAGCUGCAUAACAAGUUUCUAGAAGCUAUCAACCAGAUUGGCCUUGAUAGGGCUGUUCCAAAAAAGGUAUUGGAGCUGAUGAAUGUGGAUUACCUCAGUAGAGAGAAUAUCGCGAGUCAUCUACAGAAGUAUAGAUUGCACUUAAAAAAAGUCAACUCAAAUCACUCUGGUGAUGCAUAUGAAAGAUGGAACUCAUCGUACAACAUGAACAACAAGGGCAAUUUCAUGCAUAAUCAUGAACAUGGAAGAUGGAGUGCGUCCUCUAGCGACACUUCCUCUUGGAGUACAAACAACUAUGGUGCAACAGGUCACUUGGCUCCGGCGAUGAACACCCAAAGCAACUUCGACAUGGGGUCAUACCUCCAUGAUGGUAGAAUGCUGAGGUAUGUUGGGAAACAACCGUCGGAUGCAAGAAGAUUCACAGGUUUUGGUGACCCUCCCGUUAGCCUAUACAACAACAUACCCAAUGAGAUAAUGUUAGAUGAAUUUCCUUCAUUCAAUUAUAGCAAUUCCUAUGCUGACCUCAUGUGUGGCAAGCUAAUGGAGAUAAGCAAAGGCAAAACCCCUUCCAAUUGUCAAAGUUCAUUUGCAAAUACAACAGUUGGUGGCGGGAGGUCUCUUGUCGCAUCACAAGUGAACUUCCCACAGAUCAACCAACUAGAGAGCUAUGCAAUGUCAUCUGGCCGGUUGCCUCUGCAAAAUGAAAAGGCACCAUUCAUAAGCAACACCACAUUAGUGGGAGGCUUCACUGAGCAGAUGGCACCAUUCAACAUGGCAAGCAACACAAGCUCAGUAGGAACGAUGUUGAAUGGUAGCUCUGCACUUGAUGCAAGUAGAACUUCAACUAAAGAUAAUCAUCUGGUCAAUAGUGAAAGAACUACUUCGAUGCUUCACAACCUUCAGACAGACGAUUUCUUCUCAUUGACUCAGCUACUUGAUGGCGGGGAUGGAGCUAGCAUUCUUCCUAUGCAAGAAGGCACACUUGAUCAGCAACCUCUUAAUGAUCAACUGAAUGAAAUCAAUGCCUUCUCAGUGGAUGAUAUAUUUUCCAACAUGAACCUGGAAGAUUUCACGGGAGAUGAUCCUAUCGUGGAAGAAGCAUGAUAGUUCUGUAUGUUAGCCUGCCCAACGCAUGAGAUGCUUGAUGAAGAGUCUCAUGCUCGAGGGGGCUCUUUAAAGCAAUAGAGUGCUUUGACAAGUUUGCAAACAUAGUGAUAUGUGUAGCCAUUUUCAUAUACCAAUGGUUGUUUGAAAUACACUUUCUUUGGCAUAACAUUGAGAAUUGGCGUGUUCUGCACAACAAGCAUAA